AUGCACGCGUGCUUCCGUGGCGGCGCCGGCGACAGCAGGGCCGCCAGGUCCAUCAGCGUCGUCAGGGGCUUGGCCAAGAACAUGAAGGCCAUGUCUCUCAAGGCGAAGGCGGCCGGGGGUGUCGGUCAUGCGCGGCCGCGGCGGAGGCAGCAGAAGGAGGCGGACCGUGAGCGUUACAUGGAUGGUUCAGGGCUGACGUCGGCCAAGAUCACGCCGGCGCAUCUGCAGGACGAAGCGGACGACCGCCGGCAUGAUCAUCUGCUGCACACGGAGGACCGGGACAAGUGCUGCUCUCCUUCGCUGGACGCCGACGACGAUGCGGCUGAGAAGGGCGACGACGGCGCCUACGAGUGGGUGGCGGAGCCGGAGCCGGGCGUGCUGAUGACGCUGGCGCCGCGCCCCGACGGCACCAACCGCCUCCGGAAGGUGCGGUUCCGGGACGAGCUGUUCGACGACUGGGCGGCGCAGAGCUGGUGGGCGGACAACCACGACCGCAUCGUCGAGCUCUACAGCCUUGUAACCCAGUCCGACGGCGAUGGCAACGACGACACACCUGCCACCCCGUGCCAGUCCGAGUCCGACGAAGAAGAAGCGCUGCCGGAUGAUGCGAUGGCGGCCGGCGAGCCGUCCAGCGGGAGCAGGUCGAGCGGCACGGCGGGGUCGCCGAUACUGGGCCUGGUCACCGCGCCCGACACCCUCAGAGGAUGCAAAACGCCACCAACAGUGACCUCGACACCUAAAGCGGUGGCGCCGGCGGCCCAAGAAGACGAGGAGGAGGAGGAGGGCGACAUCAGCGACCACCACCAGAGGAACACGCCGUGGAGCGAGUGGGUCGAGGAGUACGAGCCCGGCGUGUUCAUCACCGUCCGGGCCUACCCCGAUCACCCCCUGCAGCUCCGGCACGUCGAACUCAGCCGUGAGAAGUUCGGCGAGGUAAAGGCGAGGGUGUGGUGGCAGGAGAACAAGGACAGGCUGCGCAGCUUCUACUCCUUCUGA